CGUCAUUGCGCAACACAAGAUGGCGGCGGAAAGUGAGAGAGUAGACAGGAGUAGUCACAGCAUGGAUAAAAGCAUAACUCUUCCACCCAAUGAGAUCUUCAGGAAUUUGGAAAAUGCAAAGAGGUUCGCAAUAGACAUAGGUGGCUCUCUGACGAAACUCGCCUAUUACUCCACUGUUCAACACAAAGUAGCGAAAGUACGGUCAUUCGACCAUACUGCAAAGGACACUGAGGAUGACCCCCUCUAUGAGAUCUCAAUGCAGGAGGAGAUCUUGGCUCGCCUUCACUUCAUCAAGUUUGAAAAUGCCUACAUUGAAACCUGCCUGGACUUUAUCAAAGACCACCUGGUCAACACUGACACCAAAGUCAUCAAAGCCACCGGUGGAGGGGCUCAUAAGUUCAAAGAUCUCAUAGAGAAGAAACUGAAGCUCAGAGUGGACAAGGAGGAUGAAAUGACAUGCCUGAUUAAGGGCUGCAACUUUGUGCUGAGGAACAUCCCCCACGAGGCUUUUGUCUAUGUCAAGCAUGCAGACUCUGAAUUCCGCUUCCAGAACACUCACCCUGACAUCUUCCCUUACCUGCUCAUCAACAUCGGCUCAGGGGUGUCAAUCAUCAAGGUUGAAUCAGAGGAUACAUUUGAGCGUGUUGGAGGAAGCUCCAUAGGUGGGGGGACGUUCUGGGGCCUUGGCGCUCUGCUCACAAAAACAAAGAGAUUUGAUGAACUACUUCAGUUGGCUUCGAAGGGGCAGCACACAAGUGUUGACAUGCUAGUCAAAGACAUCUACGGGGGAUCUUAUGUGUCCUUGGGCUUGACUGGGGACCUUAUCGCAAGCAGCUUUGGAAAAUCUGCUACGGCUGACAAAGAGUUCUCUAAAGAAGAUAUGGCUAAGAGCCUGCUCCAUAUGAUCAGCAAUGACAUUGGGCAGCUGGCCUGCCUCUAUGCCCGGCUCCACAACUUGACCAGGGUCUACUUUGGGGGUUUCUUCAUACGAGGACACCCUGUCACUAUGCACACCAUCACUUAUAGUAUCAACUUCUUCACCAAGCAGGUAACAGAACCCCACCUAACAGAACUCACCUCACAGGGUGAAGUCCAGGCACUGUUCCUGAGACAUGAAGGCUAUCUGGGGACUAUUGGUGCCUUUCUCAAGGGAGCAGAGGAAGACAAUCCUAACCAGUACAGUUGGGGGGAGAACUAUGCUGGGAGCUCUGGCCUGAUGAGUACCUCUCCAGACCUGAACCCCAUGCAACGUGCACGCAGUGGAACAUUUCCCUUUGACAUGUUGGAGAUGGAUCGUCUGGAGAGGCAGCUGGUGAAUCUGCCCCUGCUGCAGGACCCAUCCUCCUACAUCCCAGACACAGUGGACCUCUCAGAGGAUGCCCUUGCACGGGAGUACUGGCUCUACUGCUUUGAGGAGGCCCUGGAUGGGGUGGUAAAAAGAGCUGUGGCCAGCCAGCCUGAUCUACCAGAGGCUGCUGAACGAGCGGAGAAGUUCCGGCACAAGUACCUGCACAAGCUGCAGACCCUCCGCCACCAGCCUUUUGCUUAUGGAUCCCUCACUGUCAGAAGUCUUUUAGACACAAGAGAACACUGUUUAAACGAGUUCAACUUCCCUGACCCCUACUCGAAGAUCAAGCAGAGGGAGAAUGACAUGGCCCUCAAGUACUUCCAGAAGGCAGUCAAGUCCCUGGAGGAGCUGAGCUGGGAGCAGAGGCAGUUUGCCCUGGUCAGGGGCCUCCUGGCUGGGAACGUCUUUGACUGGGGAGCCAAGGCUGUUUCAGAUGUUCUGGAGUCUGAUCCGGAGUUUGGCUUUGAACAGGCGAAACGACAAUUGGAAGAGCGGCCGUGGCUUAUCGACAACUAUGACCAAUGGCUCGAGAGACUGAAUGGCCCACCUCAUAAGUGUGCAUUAUUUUUCGUAGAUAAUAGUGGAAUAGACAUCAUACUGGGAGUCUUCCCAUUUGUCAGAGAGCUUCUCUGCAGGGGAACGGAGGUAGUCCUUGCCAGCAACUCAAGCCCUGCUCUGAAUGAUGUAACAAACAAUGAGCUGCAGAUCUUGACUGAAAGAAUAGCAGCAAUGGAUCCAGUCAUACAGUCUGCUGUGAAGGAGGACAGGUUAACGCUAGUCCAGAGUGGCUCCAGCUCUCCGUGCUUAGACUUAAGCCACCUUCAACGUCAUUUUAGAGAAUUUGGCAGUACGUCCAACCGGCCUCACACCACGCCAGCAUAGACUUCCACAUACGGCUGCGUCUUCACCUGCGGGACUGUCAGAGACGAGCCACCCAGACAGCUGAUGAAACAGAGUUUGCACAGCCAAACAAUUUCUGCACAAACUGUCAGACACAGUCUCAGAGAAGCUCAUCUGAGUGCUCGUUGUCCUUACUAGGGUCUUGACCUGACUCCAGUUUCAGUGUUGGUACCGACUGCAGUGGGCAAAGGCUCAACUUCGAUGGCCACUGGCGAAGUGUGCUCUUCACGGAUGUAUUCCGGUUUCAAGAGUACCGGGCGUAUGGCAUACACAGUAUAUGGUGUUGUGUGGGUGAGUGGUUUGCUGAUGUUGACAUUAUGAACCCUACCGCCACCAUUGGGCACUCUGUUAUGGUAUGGGCAUGUACCAAAGCUGAAGAACAUGUGCGCAUCCAGGUACUUUCCACAGGUGCUGGAGUUGUAGGCAAACUCAUCGAAAGCAGAAAGGAAAACGCCGCACUCAUGCUUCCAAGGUGGUAUUUAUUAACAACGUUUCGACCCUUCGGUCUUCAUCAGACAUCCAUAUCCCAGGUGAGGGUGGAAGGUCCUAUAUAUAGGGGCAGUACUGAGUGACAUCACUUCCUGAAACAGGAGGUCAUUAUUUGUAUAUUACGUAGUUUCACAAUAUUAACAUUCAAUGGAUCAAAAUAUAUGAUGAUACACAGGGAAUGUGAUCAAUAUUUACAGUAAUAUACAUACAAUAUUCAAUUAGGAUUUUAAAAAACUAUUUAGACAUUGAAACUAUAAAAACGGUUUCAAGUCAAACUCCUCCAUUAAGGCCAAGAGGAGAGUGUGUUCAGCCUGUGGAUCCAGAAAGAUUCCCUUUGAAGAAGUUAACUCUCAAUGUCCCCUCCCCUGUGACAUCUUGACCAUUUCUAUUCCAAUGUAUCUCAGAGAGCUAAUAGGCUUCCAGCGUGUACAAAAUGAUCAGCAACCAGAUUUUGUCUCAUGUCCGUAUAUUGCUGCAGUGCUCACUGAUCUGUGUCUUAAGGCUUCUACGGGUUUUCCCUAUGUGAGACAGACCACAAGGACAUUUUCAACAUGUAAAUAACAUUGGUGGACAUGCAGGUAAACAGGCCCUUGAUCUUAAGUAUUUGUCCUGUAUGAGGGUGGGUAAAUGAGUUGCCUUUGUACGUAAAGCUGCAUUGAGCACAUCGGGGAUAUUUAAAAAUGGGUUUCAAUUGUGGGUCAGUAUCAAUAAUGUACCAGUUCUUAUGGUAUGGGCAGGCAUAAGCUACGGACAACAAACUCGUGCAUUUUAUCGAUUCCGGUUUGAAUGCACAGAGAUUCCGUGAUAAGAUCCUGCUAUUGUCAUGUCAUAAAUGUUUCAGCAUGAUAAUGCACUGCUCCAUGUCGCAAGGAUCCGUACACAAUUCCAGAAGCUGAAAAUGUCCCCGUUUUUCCAUGGCUUGCAUACUCACCAGACAUGUCACCUAUUGAACAUGUUUGGGAUGCUUUGGAUCGACGUGCACGACGGCGCGUUCCAGUUCCCACCGAUAUCCAGCAACUUCGCACAGCCUUUGAAGAGGAGUGGGACAACAGGCCACAAUCAACAGCCUGAUAAACUCUAUGCAAAUGAGAUGUCGCGCUGCAUGAGACAAAUGGUGUUCACGACAGCUACUGACUGGUUUUCUGAUCCAAUCCCUUACCUUUUUUUUAAGGUGUUUGUGGCCAACCGAUGCAUACCUGUAUUCCCAGUCAUGUGAAAUCCAUAGAUUAGGGUCUAAUGAAUGUACACUGCUUAAAAUAAUAAAGGGGACACUAAAAUAACA